CCGGGAGCUCCGCCCUCCGGCCGGGUUGGGUGAGCCUCGCUGGGGACCGGCUCAGCGCGGUGCUCCGGCUGUCGCCUGCCGGGAGCUUCGGAGACACGGGGGCCGCCGGCCUGGUGCGGCCUAGAGCGACGCCGAGCCGGGGGACCAGCGGCCGACGCAAACCCCACCGCUGACACUGACGCUGCCCAACUUGCCCCGCCCCAGCCAGUGACCCUACGCCCCUCCCCCAACCACGGCGGAGUCGGCCAAGCCCACCCUCUGCCGAGUCGUCAUCUACCUGCAGAAGGAGAUGUCUGGCGACACUUGCCUGGCGACCCUCUGCGCCGCCCCGGGGGGCAAGCCCAAGAGCAGCAGCUUCCGAGCGGGCGGCCUCGGCAACAAGUACGUGCGGCUCAACGUCGGCGGCUCCUUGUAUUACACCACGCUGCAGGUGCUGACGCGGCACGACACCAUGCUGAAGGCCAUGUUCAGCGGCAGGAUGGAGGUGCUCUCGGACAAGGAAGGCUGGAUCCUCAUUGACCGCUGCGGGAAGCACUUUGGGACCGUUUUGAACUACCUCCGAGACAACAAGGUUGCUCUGCCCAAGAACCGGCAGGAGGUCAAGGAGCUGAUGGCCGAAGCCAAGUAUUACCUCAUCCAGGGCCUGGUGGAGCUGUGCCAGGCUGCCCUGCAGGACAAGGAAGAGGCUUACCGUCCCAUUUGCAACAUCCCUGUCAUCACGUCUCCGAAAGAAGAGGAGCGGCUGAUAGAGUCCGCCAUGAAACCUGUGGUGAAGCUGCUGUACAACAGAAGCAACAACAAAUACUCCUAUACAAGCAACUCCGACGACAACUUGUUGAAGAACAUCGAGCUCUUUGAUAAGCUCUCCCUCCGCUUUAAUGGAAGGGUCCUCUUCAUCAAGGACGUGAUCGGGGACGAGAUCUGCUGCUGGUCUUUCUACGGGCAGAGUCGGAAGCUGGCCGAGGUCUGCUGUACCUCCAUCGUCUAUGCCACGGAGAAGAAGCAAACCAAGGUCGAAUUCCCCGAGGCCCGCAUCUACGAGGAGACGCUGAACGUCUUGCUGUACGAGACCCCCCGGGUGCCGGACAACUCCCUGCUGGAGGCCACGAGCCGCAGCUGGAGCCAGGCUGCUCCGAGUGAAGACGACGAGGGCUUUGAGCUGCGCGACCGGGUGCGACGCAUCCACGUGAAGCGCUACAGCACGUACGACGACCGGCCGAUCGGCCACUAGGCCCUCGCGGCGGACCCUGGCCGAGCGGGCCGGGAGGAGCGGUUCUCCGCUGAGAAAGUGUUUGGCUCCGAAGCGCAAGCCGCCGGCCCCCGUGAUGCUCCUUCCGGAACGGCCCCUGGACCAUACAGUCACUCACUUGGGCCGAGAAGCCGCGGCGAAGGCCAGCUUGGCGUUGACUUUGUGCCGGCCGGUCUGACCCCAUGCUCUGCUGAAGGGGCGCGACCUUGAGUGCAUCCGCUGAAAGAGACUCUCUUUUCAGUCGGUGUCUCUUCUAGGGGCAGGCAGGCUCUUUUGGUCUUGGGAAGGGGUUUCUUUGGUUAGGUUUCUUCUCUGAACUUGUGGCCCUUGUGGGAAGCCCUUCUGGGGCAGGCAGCCUUGGAGGACUUGGCUCCAGGAGCUCUCGCUUGGUGUUCGCCUUUUCUUCUUAGGCAUAGAUCUUUUUUCUCUUUUUUGAGACAGAAUCUCGUUGCUGAGGACAGUGCCUGAAGCCCCCCAAACACUCCCGAAUGUAGCCAACACUACCCCUUGGCGGCCGAGCCAGAUGCAAGGACUCGAUGGCCCCUUCUGCUAUGGACCGCUCAGGGUGGUUUUCUCAAGGAGAAGGUGGCUUCUGCCACCCCGAGCUGGGAAGCCGUAGAGGCCACCCGCUUCCUUUUCAACUGCACACCUGUUGCUUGGUGCUGGGCGAAGCCUGGAAAUCCUUUCCGGCUCCUUGGAAGUUCUCUCCCCUCCUUGUGUGAGGAACUGGUGUGUGUCUGGGGUCAGGGGAAGCAAGUGGAGGCCCAGGGGAGGGGUGAGUGGGUGGGGGGCUCGAGGCCUUUUCACACAACCAGCUGAGGACCUAGUAUCUAAAUCACACGUGGCACCUUCUCACCCAGCUGGCUUCUGUCCCGUUGGAGUUGCAGGCCGAUUUUGUGUCCUGUGACGUCAGUCUUAUGGUGGGAAGGCGGGAAGGUAGCAGAGAACACUGGGGCAAAAUCUUCUAGGGCCUAAGGACAGGAGGGGGGAGGUUAACUGGGAUUGGCACGAAUCAGUUUGAAUUUGAAUCAGUUCAGUUUGGAACCACUGAAUAGAGUCUCUAUCUGUCUUCUUCCAUCUCCCCACUUAGGGAUGUGCACAAAAUUUGCACUAAUCGAUUCAGCUCAAUUUGGAACUACUGAAUAGAGUGGAGAUUCAUUCGAAUCGAUUCGCAUUUGGCCAACUUCAAAUUGCAUUUGGUCGAAUUGCCCAGGGUAGAGGCUUUGUUUUGCAUUUCCCAUGAAUGAAUGGUGGGCAGGAGUUCACCAAUGUGCUCACUGUGGUGUGUGUUCCUCUAGUGCAAGGGCCUCCAGCUGCUGGUGAACUACAACUCCCAUCAUCCCCCUGCCACAAUUUAUUGUAGUUCAACAACAGCUGGAGGACUAAGUUUGCUCUAGCCGGUUUGAUACCCUCCAGUGUGUGACAAAAGGGCGCUGGACCCACCCCAAGCCGGGAAGGGGGUCUUUUGCCCCUUAAAAAUGAGCAGACGUGUUGUGGUCGAUGCCAGAGUCCACUCCACUGGGGCAGGAAGUGUUAUCCUCCACUGUACUUGUGGUUGGAGAGGGACAGAUGUCCGUUGUGGGUCGAAUUGGCCAUGAAACACAAGACAUUUAAGCCUUACUUAGACAUUAAGUUGUACAGAUGCCUGUAAGUGGCCCCAGAUGCUGUUGGACUACAGCUCCCAUCAUCCUUGGCCACGAUGGCCCAGGCCUGAGAAAAGCUGCAGGACUGAGCUGGCUUUUGGUGGUGGUCCCUGCCGCAGCUCUUCCAAGAGGCUCAUCUUGAAUCAUUACACGAUGUGGCUUCUGACAAAUCCAGCGUCUUUCAGGUGCUGCAAAUAACCCUCACCUUCCGGUCCCCAUGGAUUUAUUGGUAGCUUGGAUUUAAUUUUUUUGCACCGUGCACCCUUUAAAGCCAUAGGUUUAACCCUCCCCCUAAAGCGGACGUCUUAUUUGCCCUUCUGGUCUUAGUUGUGUUUCCACCCUGGACUCUUCACUUUGCUGAUGCAACUGCUUCAUUUGCAUACCUUUUUUUGUGUUUCCACAGCCUCUUGGUUUCCAUGGUUUCAGGUUUUCAGCUUGAAAUUAGCUAGUAGGUGAGUGGAGCCAGGGGAAGGGCAGGGAGGCAGUCCAAACAUCUUCCUGUAAUCAUGAGGGCUAGCACCUUGCUUUGUUUGUGUCUCUCUCGAAAGAAAUGUGCUCACACUCUGAGUGUUGAUGAUUCUAAAGGUUCUGACGCUCCAGUGGCAGCACGGCCUGCAUUCACACAUUGCAAAUCCUGUUUGGCAAGUGCCGGAGAGAUCCGCGUGCGUGUGUGCGUGCAUUAACCUAGAAGUUCAGGAGAGUGGGCAAAGAAUUUUAGGGUAACUUGCUCGCUCUUCACAAUAUAUGAUCCUUCUGUAUUUGCAGUGGUCUCUCUUUGGUUCCGAGGAGUAUUGCCGAUUUUAAAAUGUUGGUGCAAAUGAUCACCAGAGUAAAUGAUCACUACCAUUUUGCUGCACCAGAGUGAAAUUUCCAGCGCUCCUGUUCCCCGCCUCCGCAGUGGGUGUGAUGUGACCUCAGGCUUGCUUAUCUUGGACUAAACCGGCUUCUCGACUCCCAGGAGUUACUUCACUGCUAGGCCCCAGCAGGAAACCAGCCUGCUUUAUAUCCACAGAGGGUUCCCUCCUUCAGAGCAUCCCUUUAUUGUGCUAAAUCAGCAGGGCCUUCUCUGGCGUGGCCCCUGCUUCGACUGACCUUCAGAUGCCAGAAACCCAAAGGACGUGGGCUCUCAAGCGUGAGUCUCCAGCUGUCUUUGGACUACAACUCCCAUCAUCCUCAGCCAGAAUGGCCUGGGGAUGAUGGGAGUUGUAGUCCCACAGCUGGGGACUCGGGUUUGAGAAACUGCUGUCAGAGAAGCAGUUUUUUAAAGGUGGAGGGAGAGGGAGGGAGCAUGUUCUUAUUUUAGAAAGAUUUCUGUGAUACAUAUAACAGUUCCCUGUCUGAAUUGCUGCUCGGUGGCGUUGAUCUUACUCUGUUUUGUUGCUCAAGGAGAAUAUUUUGGUCUUGAAGCUUUCAUUCAGCCCGAGCCUGCCCUUUGAACUGGAGGUGCUCCAGGCUUUCAGGAGGUGCUCCCCCCUCGGAGGAAGGAGUGCUGUCCUCUCCCGCCUAGAUUGAUCGGCGGUUGUGUGGAGUUCUCCCCCCCCCAAAAAACAACAACCCCCAAACAACAACAGAGAGAUAAGUGUAGCCUUGCCGUCUCCCACAGCUUGAUGGAGCCGAACAGUUUAACCUUCACCCUGACAUUUACGUUUCUGAGCAGAGACAUUUAAGCAUCAGUAACAUUCUGUUCUGCUGACAUUUUUAUCAUCUCUUUGUACUUGAAUGAUGAAAAUUAAAUUUAAAAAACAAAAAAAAGCA